AUGGGCUGUUUGUGUGGUUUCAGCAAGUGCGAAUUCGAGUUCAAGGUAGUGCUGUGUCGUGAUGCCGUUACAUGCCGUGUGUGCGUCAUCGCUGAAGACCUUCAUGGCCAGAAGAGCAGAGAGAGCCAAAAAGAGCAGGAUGGAGGAGACGAAAAGAAGCAGCUGCAAAAGAAGAAGGUGAAGGAGCUGAAGAUUCUUGAUGGAAAGUCUGCACAAAACCUUUCCAUUUUCCUGGGAUCGUUCCGUCUCCCAUAUGAAGAGAUCAAGAACGCCAUCCUGGAGGUUAAUGAGAAGAUCCUCACAGAUGCCAUGGUUCAGAACCUGAUCAAACAACUGCCAGCACCAGAGCAACUGAGUGUCCUGGGAGAGAUGAAGGAUGAAUACGAUGACCUGGCUGAGUGUGAGCAGUUUGGAGUAGUGAUGUCCAGUGUGAAGCGGCUGACACCACGGCUUCAGGCCAUCGUGUUCAAGCUGCAGUUUGAGGAGCAGCUUAAUAACAUCAAGCCAGAUGUGGUGUCUGUGACGGCAGCCUGCGAGGAGCUCAGGAAAAGCGAGUCCUUCUCCAAGCUGCUAGAGAUCAUUCUCCUUGUUGGGAACUAUAUGAAUGCUGGCUCCCGCAAUGGAAAGGCAUUUGGCUUCUCCAUAUCAUACCUGUGCAAGCUGCGUGACACCAAAUCAGCUGAUCUGAAGCAGACACUGCUCCAUUUCCUGGCUGAUGUGUGCCAGGAGCAGUAUCCUGAGGUCAUGACCUUUGCAGAUGAACUUAUCCAUGUGGAAAAAGCCAGCAGAGUUUCUGCAGAGACUCUUCAGAAGAACCUUGAACUCAUGGGCCGUCAGAUCAAGAGCAUGGAAAAAGAUCUGGAGACCUUCCCUCCUCCACAAAAUGACAAGGACCUGUUUGUGGAAAAGAUGUCCAGUUUCGUGGGUAGUGCCCAUGAGCAAUAUGAGAAGCUGGAUCUGUUGCAUAAAAAUAUGGAGAAGCAAUAUAGCGACCUGGGAGACUACUUUGUCUUUGACCCAAGAAAAAUCUCUGUAGAGGAAUUCUUUGGCGACCUCAACACCUUUAAAAACAUGUUCCAGCAAGCGGUGAAGGAGAAUCAGAAGAGGAAGGAGGCUGAAGAAAAGAUCAAGAGGGCCAAGCUGGCCAGGGAAAAGGCAGAGAAAGAGAAGGAGGAGAAACUGAAGAAGAACCAGCUCCUUGACAUCAACGCAGAGGGUGAUGAAACUGGUAUCAUGGAUGGCCUGUUGGAGGCGCUGCAGUCGGGCGCUGCUUUCAGGAGAAAGAGAGGACCACGGCAAGCAGCCAACCACCGACGAGCUGGUCAUGCAGUGACCAACAUCCUGGCCAAAGAGCUGAUGCAGGAAGACACGCCUUCGUCCAGCAAAGUGCCCGCAAAGAAGAAAAAGUCAGAGGAGACGGAGGAGCCUAAAGCAGAAGGAGCAGAGUCAUUAGAGGAGUUACUGGAUGCUGCUCCCUCUCGGUCCAAUUAGGCACCCUAGGGAGUUUUUUUUUUUUUUCAGUGAUGUCCAGACACAGAUGUAUUUCAUAGCCAUUCCAGAGGCCAAUAUCCAUCUGAGAUUAGAUUACUGAAAAAAGGGCCUGCGUUUCUCUGACCUUUAUCUUAACAGGAACGUCUUUUAGGGUUAGCAUUGACUGUGUCUUCUUGGAGGGCAGGGAGAGGCGGAGGAUGAGGGCUGGGCUCUCACUUCAGCCACGACCCCUUGAUGUCCCUCUUCAACCUUUGGAUCUUUGCCAAUGUCAUAAAGAUAUAAUUGCUUUCCUCAGCAUGUGCACAUAUCUGUUUAUGUAUUCUUGUCUGUUUCUCUGUGUUUCUAAAUCACUUUAUUUUCACCUGUCAUUCAUCAAAGGGCAUCUUGAGCAAUUCCAAAGACGUACUCAGGAGGGAUCCACGCUGUUUUUUUGCGGUUGUUUCCAAAUCACAAAUUUAGACUGGGGUGUCUAGAAUUUGGCACAUCCUGCAGGUGCUUCAUAGAGUUUUCUUUGGAUACUUGAGGCCAAGACCACUUUGCGCUUUUUCACAUUGUGUUUUUUUUUAACCUAUAAAACAUAUGAAUUUGUAAUUGUCUGAUAUACUGUAUGUUACUGUUUGUACAUGUUAAUCAUUUCGCUGUGUUAUUGAAGAAAGUGCCAACCCAUAGAAAUUCAAUCGUUUUCAUUUCACCCCCAGGUUUGUCCAGUCACAGUUUGCACUGGGCUGGUGUUUGGACCAGUCAUCACCUGGGUGUACGUUUCAGUGUGUGUUUUGUUUAUUUUACUGAGAAGGGAUUUAGUUCACUGGUGUGCAUGCAUUAGAUAGAUGUCACAUAAAAAUUGGGGAUCAUUUACAUAUACUUGUUUACCACACGUGCCCACAACAGUUUUAUGAAGAAAACCUGCUUACUUACAUGAACAUUCCCAUAAUCCUCAGAGGGAAAUAGGGUUAGAUUGGAGGAGAAAGUUCUUCCACAGUCAGUUAAACCAAAAAUAAAUUGCUCUUUAAAAGGGUUUUCAUAAAAAACCUAGCCUGAGCAGUUUACAUGCCUGUGUGUUUAUGUGUAUGAGAAUGUCUGCGUGUGUGAAGUAAGCCGCCUAUAUUUAGUCCUGUGUGCAUAUUCAACUUCCUCUGUGUGUAUGUGUGUGUUUGUGCAUGUAGGUUUGAAUGCGUGCAUGUGUGUUGCCAUCUGUAAUUACUGUACGGUACCGACCAUGCUGUCAUAAAUGCUAGGGUUCAUAAACAGCUUUGUGGUCUUUCUGCUGAGGAUAUAGCACACUGGAUAACUGCCCGAAAACUGCUGAGACAAGUACUUGUGUUCAGUUGUCUGUGUGUGUUUGUGUUGCUCACCCACUUUCCCUCCCACUGAACUGCAACAGUAGUUGCAGAAUGUCUGGCCUUGCUCUCAUUUGUAUUCAGUAGCCAUCAGCAUACAUGUUGCCAUGAUGUUGUGGUGUAAUAUCUGACAGGAAUCCUGCGAGGUGAUGUCAGCUGCUCCAUGCAAUAUUUAUUUCUAUGCAAACACAAUACUGUAGCUAGCCUCAGGAUGUAAAAGAUUCAAGACGACUCAAGCGGUUCCGCUGACUCAAGAUCAGUGCUUCAUAUCGCUGGUGAUUUAGCUCCAAAAAUUCAGUUCUUCAGGAAUAAAAAACAAUUUUUUUUUUUUCUCAACAACAGCGUUUAUUUGACAUCUUCCAUAAAAUGUUAAUGUUUUUUGGAGGAACACGGAGGAACUGGCCCUUAAAAUAAAGGCUCUUCAAGUACAAGUAGGUGUAGAAAUCCUUGUUCUGAUCGAGUGCUGGUGCUUCAUUUUAAUCCACUAACACUGAGUAUAAUUGGGUGUAAAGACUGCCCCGCCUGCUCUCCAGUACAAAAAUUUGUAAUAGCUGCAUUUAAACCAGAGACAUGACUGCUGUUUAAUGUCUGCUAUAUUGUGCCCAUCUCUUCAUGUGGACAGUGCCAGGUCAUUGUAUGCGCCAGAUACUGAAAAGUUACUGUUCUCAGCAUAAAGGAGAGAUAGAUUUUAAAAAAUGAAAAACCUGUCAGAACAUCACUGGAAUAUUUGUCGUUUUCUAAUUUGAGUCAUUCCUUUUGUUCAUUAUUUUUAAAGAAAUAGUUUUCUAUGUGAAAUUUUUACGGUUGAUUAUUUUAAUGUAUUUGAAUGGAGACAAGAUUUUUUUUCCAGAGAUUGCUCUAUGUAUACAGAAUAAUGCACAUAGUCAUUCUGUUUGCUACAUAGAACUAUUAAAACUGUCUUAAGUGUUUUAA